AUAACCAAACUGAGCCCCCAACAAUGGCCUUGUUGGCUACGACGUGACCAACGGGUCCGCCAGCGCUCUGCGUCGCUGAUAGGCUCUACCGUAAGGCCCUGGCUAUGGGGCUGGCUCGCUGGAUGUCCCACACUCUCGUCCGUUAGGGUCAGCAGGCGCUUGGAAGCGCGGCCAGCCCGGGCCAUCACUCGCUUGGCCACUGUGGCUCUCUUAGCUUCCGUGUCUGUGUGUCUUUAGUUCCAGCUUCAUUCAGCAUGGACCUGCUGCUGAGCGCGGUGGACGUGGUUCGGCGCGACCCCGAGGACCUUCAAGGAUGCGAGACGCUAAUAGUUGCCAACUACCAGCGCAACAACUGGCUGAAGGUCGGAGCAGCGCUGAUUAUCAUCCAUGAUACACAGCUCUUCAAGAAAUCGGGGGCGGACUCGUUCUCGCAUUACAUCUCGAAAAAGUCCAUUUUUGGCUUCGGCCCGCGCCAAGCGCUCCGCUUGCUGGCGGCCACCAAACUGGCCAAAAUCUUUCCUCCCACGAUCGCCCUGCCAACGAGCGAGCGCCAGGUCCGUGCGCUGGUGGGACUGGAGCCUCGCAAGGCCAUCAAGACCUGGGUGAAGGCCAACUUGAUAGCGCAGGAGACGGGCGUUCCGCUCACGCACCGCCUGGUGGAGUCGGUGCUGAGCAAGGACCUGCCCGAGUCCUACCGCGCCGCCUGCGCCGACUGGCAGGACUACGUGCACCACGACAGCGAGUACUAUCGCUCGCCCCACCACAUCGUGGCGGCAGUGAAGCGUCUGUUCAACGGCACCAUAGACCUGGACCCGUGCAGCGACGAGCUGGCGCAGGUGGGCGUUCAGGCCGCCCGCUUCUACUCGGCGGAGGACGACGGCCUGCAGCCCAGCAACGCAUGGACGGGCCGCGUGUACGUGUUCCCGCCCGUGGGCAUGCACGGCAACAACAUGCUGCAGGGCCUGUUCCUGGAGCGCGCCAUCGCCGAGCACAGGGCGGGCCGCGUGAGCGAGGUGGUGCUGCUGCUGAAUGUGGCCAUCGGCCAGAAGUGGUUUACCAAGGUGUUUGACUACGCGCACUGCUUCCUCGCCGACAAACCGCUGAAGCCGCAAACCGCGCCGCCGCCAGGCUGGGGCGUGCCGCGGCCAGAGAGCGCAGCCGCGCUGGUGGCGGUGGCCGCGGCUGCAGCGCUCCUGGGCCCUGGGCCAGCCGAUGCAUCAGAGCUGUCGCUGGAGCACUCAGGUGCCCGCAGCGGCAGCGGAGGCGGCAACGGGAAUAGGGGAGGCACAUCGGGGACCAGCAGCAAGGCACGCCGGUCCGGGGGUGGCGGCGCGCGGCGGCGGCAGCAACGACGGCGCAGCGCUGAUGAGGACAUCGAGGAGACCGAGGAGGAGGAGGAUCUGGAGCUGGAAGAGGAAGUGGAGGAGGAGCUGCAGGUACCAGCACCGGCAGCGGGGCGCAAGCGCAGUCUGCACGCGGUGGUACUUCCCGGCUCCGCAGGCGAGCCGCCUGCGGGGCGGCCCCGGCGCAGCAAGGCGGCGGAGGCAGUGAAGGCCGCCGCAGCAGCGGCCGCAGCGGCUGAAGACGACGUCGUAGAAAUGGAGUCGCUGCAACCGCUGUCUUCGCUCAACGGCGCACAGGAGGGUGCGGCGGCAAAGUCGGGCGGGUCGCAGGUUGUGCCUGCGGAACGUGCCGCCGCCAGGAAGGCCGCGGCGGAGAAGCGGGCGGCGACCAAGGCUGCCAAGGGGGCGGCGGCCAAGGCCGCCGCGGCGGCGGCAGCUGAGGAAGCCGAGGUGAUGCGGCAUCAGAUGCUCCUGGCGCAUCACGCCGCUGCGGCGGCGGGCAUGGUGGACCCUAUGGCGGCGGCGGCCGCGGCCAUGGGGCUCAACCCGCUGACGCUCAAGCCAGAUCCCAACGUGUAUGGGCUGCUGCCGCCGCUGGACCCCAGCCUCCUGCCGUCGCUGCCUCCGGGGCAUUCCGGCCCCGUGGACCCUGCCUUGCUGGCGGCCCAGCUGGCGGCCGCGGCAGGCAUGCAGCAAGCGGGCCAGCCGCCGUACGGUACGGCGAUGUCGGUGCAGCAUCUGGCGCUGCUUGGGACGCCGCUGCAUGCACAGCAGCAGCUCCCACUCGCCGGGGCGUCGCCGGGCCUGCCGCCUGGGCUGCUGGCGCAGCCGCCGCCGCACCAUCCACAGCUGCUGGGGCCAGGGCCGCCGCGGCCGUUGCUUCCACAGCCCGCCCAGUUGCAGCCACAGCAACAACAGCCGCAGGAGGCGCCGGAACGGUCGCAGCAACCGCAGCCGCCACCAACGCAGCCGCAACAGCAACACCAAGCGCUCCAAGGGCCUGCGCAGUCAGGACACAUGCCAGGGCGUGGAUUGUUGCCGGGCAUGCCAGGCGCUGCUCCUGGCGUGGGCGGCCCGCCACUCGGCAUGCCUAACAACAACCCGCACGCAGUUGUUAUUGGCAUGCCCGGGCUAGGCACGCUGGGUAUGCCGGGGGCACACAGCGGCGGCACGCAGCAGUCUAGCCAGAUACCAGGCAUGCCGGGCGGCCCGCCGCUGCUGCCGCCGCAGCCGCCACCGGGCAUGCCUGGUGCGCCUCCGCUAAACGCGCCGCACGCAACUCUGGGCCAGCCGCUGGGGUCAGCGACGGCGCUGAGCGCACAAGGCCAGCCGCAGCAGCUGCCACCACUGCAACCGCCGCCGUCCGGGAUGCCGGGGCUGCCGCCGCCUGGCGGGCAGGGGGUGGUGGAUAUGCUGGCGGCUGGCAGCUUCCCUAGCGCGCAGCCCCUAGGCGUGCUGGGUAUGCCGGGGGUGUCGGGUGUAUCGGGCAUGCGGGGGGAACCCGCCAAGCAGCAGCAGCAACAGCAGCAACAACAACAACACCAGCAACAACACCAGCAGCACUCCCAAGGACUUUCGGGGCUGCAGCCGCCUCCAGGGUUGCAGAUGCCGCAAGGGCUUCAGCACCUUUCGGCGCCACAGCCGCUGCAAAUGCAGAUGCAGGCACCGUUGCAGUCGUCGUCGCAGCUGCAACUGCCGCCGCCGUUUCAGUUCCCGGAACAGCCACAACAGCAACACGGAGCGCAGCAGCAGCAACAGCACGGAGUACAGCAAGGCUUACAGGCCCCGACGGCUUUGCACGCGGCCACAGCAGCAGCUGCGCAGCCUGUACCCGACGCGUGUGUGGUGCCGACCCCUGACCAAUUUGCGGCGAUGGCAGCUGCAGCAACGGCGGCGGUUGCGCAACAGCAGCAGGCGCAGCAGCAGAUGCAGAUGCAGGCGCAGCAGCAGGCGCAACAGCAGAUGCAGAUGCAACAGCAAUUCCAGCAGGUCUUCCAGCAGCAGCUAAUGCACCAGAUCCAGCAGAUGCAGCAACAACAACUGCAACAGCAACAACAGCAGGCGCUGCUGCUGCAGCAGAACCAUACCAUCCAAACCGACCAGCCGCAGCAGGUGCAGCCCCCACAGUCGCUGCAGCAGAUCCAAGCACCGCCGCUGCUCCAGCCGCUACAGCCUCUGCAGGCGCAUCAGCUGCCGCACCAGCUGCUACAGCCUGUGCAAUUGCUCCAACCGCUGCAAGAGCUGCCGCCGCAGGUGCAUCAGCCGCAGAUGGUGCCGGAUGCGGUUCAGCAGCCCCACGGCGCCCUCCAAGCGCCUACGCACCCAUACGUGUCGCAGCCCCCGGCGUCAGACCACGCCGCAACGGCCAGCGCUGCUGAAAAAGCCGUGCCUGAUGCGCCGCCACAGCAGCCGGCGACGGCUUGUGCUCCUCCGGCCUCUGUGGGUGGCACGGCGCCGGCGAGCGCCGCAGCGGGGCAACCUGCGCCGCUAAACGCCAGCGCGCCAGCGGCAACAGCGGGGCCCUCGGCCUCGGCAGAGGCCGUGCAGAGCAUGCAGGUUGCUGCGGAGGCACUGGAGGUGUCGGAUUGGCUGGCUGUGGACGUCACGCAGCUGGCGGCGGGAGCUGACGGCGGCGCGCACUCUGCUGGGGCCACGGUGGUGCCGCAGGAGCCAGAGCAGCAGCAGCAGCAGCCAGGCAACGUUGCGUCCAUGGCAGGCGGCCCGCAACCGCAAAUUCUCCCGGACGCCCCGCCGGUGCAGCAGCUGGCCGCGCAAGCGGACGUGCCAAUGCCGCAGCCCGAGGUCAUCGCACCUGCAACCGACGCGCUCGCGCCCGACGGCGCCACGGCCGUUGCUGGGAACGGAUACGCUGCUGCGGCGGACACCACGGAGCAGGCGUCUGCCUCCACACCGGAGUGGCAGGCCGCCGUCGCAAGCCUGCAGCUGGUGCCACAAGCACUGGCACCGGCACUGGCGCCGGAGGCGGCCCCGUUUGCAGCCCUGCUAGGACCGCCGCAGCCAGCGGCCAACGGUGACCCAAUGGACGUCAGCCACAUGGCUUUGGUGGCGCCAGCAGUAGUGAAGGCGGAGGCGGGGGCCGAACCCGGCGCAGCAGACGUCACCAUGGAGGCGAGCAGGGUGGAGGCGGGCGGACACGCGGCACACGCUGAGCCUGUGGCAGGUCCGGCGGCUGGCAACGGUCACGCGGCAGCAGGCGCAAGCGACGGCAUGGGCGCGGUUGUGGCGACUGCCGGCGCGGAAGUGCAGGUGGCGGUUGCGAACGGCAAUGGCCAUGCGCCGGACGCGGCUGCAGCUGCUGCCAACGCUGGCGUGGCGUUCGCGGCCGGCGCGGCGCCUGCUGCUAGGCCUGCGGCCAACGGCGCCGCCGGUGUUGCGGUGGCGGUGAAGCAGGAAGGCGGGGGUACCACGGCUGCGGGCGCCUCGGCAAGCCAAGCCGCCGUACCUUCGAUCUUGGGGGAAGCCGUCUGUGAUAAGCAGGCAAUGUCAGCGCACAGCGGCGGCGCCUCCCGCCCUGCCGGUGGCUCCGCACGCGACCCCCGCCAGUUGGCCACUCAGGCUGCGACAGAGGCGGCGCCACUGGAUGCUGCGGGGCCCAACACCGGUGAGGACGGGGCCGGCGCGGCAGGUGGCAGCGGCUCGAGCGGGCAGGCCGAUCCCGAGGCGGUGAACCCGCGCGGCACCGUCGUGGUGUACAUAGGCGACAAUACAAAGCGCUUCUGCCAGAUUUUCUCGGAGCUGGGUUACAUUCCCGGCUACAACGCAUGGGCGAUGUAGGCAGGUGAUCGAAGCCUUGGGCAGGGGGCUCUCGCAGGGCAGGCGAGCCGCUCCGCCCGGCUUUGGCAGACACUAACUGAACUAGGCAGGUUUGACAUGCGGGACUUGCGCGCGUCUUGACGUGUACAAUGUGCAAUUGCUGGGGUGCCCAGCAUUAUGUAGUCGCUGCACAGUGAUCAAAUGGUAAUCACCAGGUGAAUGCGCGUUGGAUAUGCGCUCCGCGGCCGUGUAUGCGUGAUAAGUAGAGCCCUUCCGGGUCUGAUGUCGUUUCUUGUGCAAUGAACUUUUGGGUUCCCUGGUAUGGCCGUACUGCCAGCAGCGGCGUUGCGUCAGCGGGACGGGGCGGCUCGAGUUGGGACUGCAGCUCCGGCGGCACGCGCGCCAUAUCCGUAAUGCGCAGGAUGGGGCGCAGGACGGACCGCUUGUACUGUAUAGUGCAGCGACGUGCGAGGCGUGGCCCGAGCGCACCAGCCGGCUUGGAAGCCACCAGCUGGCUCACACCCUCUAAACAUCUACACCGCUCUCACACACCCGUGCUAGAUACCUACGCCUCCCUGCCGGUUUCCGCCCACCGAGCCGUUGCAGCAGCCCUAUCCGCUAUCUAAGUAUGCUUUCAAAACUGUGGCGCAAUUCUGUGCGUUUGCGCUACAGCGCGAUUCAGGCGAAUCUAAGCAACAUUAUGGAUUGCUUCCUGUAUACCGGUCGGUGUCAAUCGACUGCUCUCGGCGAGCUCUACAAUUGUAUACCUUCGGUUCAGCUGGAGGCACAACUUGACUGGCAGCCAUGCCACACAUGUCCAUGUGUCCAUGGCCGACCACCGACCCUUCUGUCAGACUACCGGGGCGUGCGCUUAAGCUUACAAUUGCGCUGUACAUAUGAUGUUUGAGAUUGUGCGACGGAAGAGAUCGGUGGACUUUCUCCCGGGAUCAUGUGAAGAAUCCCGGGAUUCAUGUCACGCUCGAUGGCCGGCGGCAGCCUUGUCGCCAUGACCCACACCAAGCCUUGGCCGUUACAAGUUAGCAUCAGUUCGCAUAGUCUCCAUGACACCAGUGAGAGACGCUCGAGUGGGGCUCUACGCUACUACGAUGCCAAUGUGGACAGACAUGCAGCCGCUUUCCUGAGGCCAAACGUAAUGCAAAUGCUUUAGUAUGUGCACGCUAAUGUGUGCUAGUGCUUGUGCUAUUGGGCGGAGCGUUUAGAGGGGCGUUUAGGGCGCGGAGACGAAAUCUGGCAGUCCCACCCACAUCCGCGUGACGAAACCUUGGGGACCCCCAACCCCAACGACCGACCCUGAACUUUGAGGGCCCAUAACUUUGUAACAUCCGCAUCCA